CAUGACAGUUCAACAUCUCACAGUCACACACGUGAUUUAAUCAGUCUCACGGGUUUGAUCUUCUCUUUCAUUAUAGUUUUCUCCAGGUGUUUUUCUGUGACAAUUUCGGUUAUUUGUUUUGAUCAAAGGAAGCAAGCAUCACAAGGAUGAGUUCCGUGGAGAAGAAGCUGGAGGGAGGGAACACCGAUACUGGUGACCAUCACAACCAGAAGACAGAGUGGCCAGAGUUGGUGGGGAAGUCGGUGGAGGAGGCCAAGAAGGUGAUUUUGCAGGACAAGCCAGAGGCGCGGAUCGUAGUUCUGCCGGUGGGGACAAUUGUGACCAUGGAAUAUCGAAUCGACCGCGUCCGCCUCUUUGUUGACAGUCUCGACAACAUUGGCCAGGUCCCCAGGGUCGGCUAGCAAGCUUCAGAGCUAGCCUGCUCCUGGCGUAUAUGUAUUGUGGCUUGAUAAGCUCUUCUUGGAUAUAGCAAGAUUGAGAUAUAUAUAUAUCAUAUACAAUAAGAGUUGCUGCAUGGUAAGUGAAUGGAUAAUAGAAUAAGUCAAAGAGCACGUAAUAUGGUUAAGGUUUAUAUGUAAGCGUGCUUGAUGUCGGAUAUGUACAUCUAUCUGUUUAAAUAUGGAUACCAUAUAUUCCAUCCAAA